UUCGCGGGCAUCAGUCGGACGUCGGGUUGGCGCUGCAAUAGCACGAUCACGCACGCGCCGUCCGGUUUUUAAUCGUAUUUUUUUGUGUUUUUAUUAUUAAUAAUUUUACCAUCGUCGUUAUUCACGUUCCGUUUCCAUUCGGCCACGUUUGUAAUACCGUUUACGGCGUAUCGCGAUAGAUACUUUAAAUCGUAUUUCAAAUUCGUAGUAGGUAUCCAUUUAAUAUAUUAUAUGGUAGUGGAACGUUUUCGAAUCUUAUUUUCUGAUGUGCCAUCGAAUCACUGUGACAAAAUCAUCAUCGUUGUGUACGCAAUAAUAUAACUAUACCUAUUAUAAUAUUGCAGUGUAGGCACCGUUUUUGAUCAUUCGCGUUUCGUGAGACUUUUCUGUAACGAUGAACGAAAAGCCCAGGGUCGUGUCCGCGUGCAUGAAACGCAUUAUUCGGACCAAUGGACGAGCGCAACAGAGACCUUUAAUAUCAGGCUCGGUGACGGCCACGUUGGGAGACGAUUCUGCCUGUGCCGGCGCAGGUGACGAGACGUUCAGCGGCCGCAGCGUGGCCGAAGUGCGAGCCGGACACCUGUUAGUCCGAUGGAACGGGCCGGCCGGUUACUGUUGGAAGCUACUCCUCCGGUAUCUAAACCUCACAGCCACCGAGCACGCCACCUACGGGUUCAGUCUCGUGCGACCGGGGUCCAAAACACCAAUCGUCACCAUAGUGGUGGAUACCGAUACAGAUUACCAUCACUGGACAACGACUAUUGCGGGGCAACUCUUGAGCCAAACACCAUUGGAUGAUGUUAAGUAUCUCGAUAUACUUGGCAUUGUCACUGACCAUGCACCACUUCGACGAUAUUCAUCUACAGAUUCAUUGAUGACAUCUGCAUCUAAAUAUAAAAGAACCAGCCUGGAUACUCAAGAAAUCAAUAAUAAUCACUUAUUUGGUCCACGUGUGUACAAGAAGAAUGUUUCACACUUGCCAGACUUGAUCAGAGAAUGUGAACAAUUACGUAAUAGAACACCUAUCAAUGAGUUUUCAGAAGUAAUACCAGUUAAACAGAAAUGCAAGAUAUUUGAAGAAUCACUCAUUUGCUCUUCAAAAAGUGUGGAAAAUUUACAUGGUCUUUCAUCUCAUAUAACAAACAUUAAGUCUAGGUCAAUGAACAAUUUGGAUUUAGAUUUAAGAGCUGUGCCUGUGAAAGACAUUUGCAGAUAUUUCGAAAGCAGAUUCAAUUCUAAUGAACCCAAAACCAUACAAUUCAGAUCACUGUAUUAACUUAAAUAUUGUUAAUAAAAGUGAAUUAUGGAUGAUAUAAUGUUUAAUAGACAUUACACAAAAACCUUUAGAUGAAGAAAAAUGUUCCAAAGAUUUAUGAAACUAUUAUGAUAAUAUAUUACUUAAUGUAUACUCUUAG